AUGUCGUCCGCUGCCUGUAUAUUCUGCAAGAUCAUCAAGGGUGAUAUCCCUUCAUUUAAGCUCUUUGAGAGCGAGAAAGUCUUCGCUUUCCUCGAUAUCCAGCCGCUGAGCCGUGGCCAUGCGCUUGUCAUUCCCAAGUUCCACGGCGCAAAGUUGACCGAUAUCCCUGACGAGGACCUACUCGAGAUCUUGCCCGUCGCGAAGAAGAUUGCCAAGGCCAGCGGCGCCGAGGAUUUCAAUAUCCUGCAGAACAAUGGCCGCAUUGCGCACCAGGUCGUUGACCAUGUCCACUUCCACAUGAUUCCCAAGCCUAACGAGAAGGAGGGUAUGUCCAUUGGUUGGCCUACACAGGAGACGGAUAUGGCCAAGCUCAAGGCUCUUCACGAGGAGAUCCAGUCGAAGAUGUAA